GGGCAAGCUGCAAACGGGAAACCCAGCUCGCGACCCGGCAUGGGAGCACCCCGUCAGCACCUCUCUCAAAGCACCACAAAACCGAACGACCAAAUCUAAUCUCUAGGGUGUUGGCCGAGUCAAAUUUACAAAAUAUAUUAAAAAAAAGGAAAAAGUUAGGAAAGGGUGGGGAAAAGAGAGACAGACCAGGUCCCGAAAAUGGCAUCCAGCCAACACGUCCUCCUCUCGCCCGCCGAGCUCGCCUACCUACACAGCUCGCUCUCCCUGACCCCGCCCAUCCGGCCGGACGGCCGGUCCCCGACCCAGUUUCGCCCCCUCGUCGCCGAGACCGGCAUCCUCCCCGGCACCAACGGCAGCGCGAGGAUAUGCUUCGCCGACGGCACCGAGGCCAUCGUCGGCGUGAAGGCCGAGGUCGAACGGACUGCGCAACGGCCGGGCGACGAGACCGUCUUCCUCGAGGAGGGCGGCGCCAGCGGGGAUGGGGAUGACGACGACGGCGGCGAGGAGGGGGAGGGAGGAGAGGAGGAGGAUGGUAGGAAAGGAACCGGGGUAGAUAGGAGGAAAGGCGAGGCGUCGUGGGUGGAGAUGACGGUUGAGAUUCCCGGGCUGAGGGAUGACGACUCCGGGACGACCUUCUUGUCGGCCCUGUUGAGCGAGGCGCUGCUCGCGGACGGCGAGUUCGUCAAGAAGCUGUGGAUCAACAGGCGGUUUCAUUGGAAGCUAUAUCUCGAUAUCAUCCUCAUCUCCCCACCCCUCUCCUAUCCCCUCCCGCUCCUCUCCCUCACAACCCACCUGGCCCUCCUCUCCACCCGCCUCCCGCGCCUCAAAUCCGAGGGCGAUGAGGACCCUUUCUUCGACGACGACUGGGCCGCAGCGCCCUAUCUCUUCCCAAGGUCGACCUCAUCCACCACCGCCGCCGCCAAACAGACAGUCAUCGCGACCCGGCCCCCCAUAACCCUCCUAGUAAUGGCCGUCGGCAACAACAUCAUCUUCGACCCGUCCAAGGAGGAGCUCGCCGUCGCCGACGUGGCCUUGGCCGUAUCCGUCACCAGCGGCGGCGGCGGCGGCGGCGGCGGCGGCGGCGGCGGGGGUCGUCAAGGGAGGAACAACGACGACGCCGCCGGUGCGGACAUGGACGUAGACGGCAUCGCCGCGGGGGGCAGGAACCUACGGCUGCUGUCCAUCCGGACGAUCGACCCGCCGUCGAGGCUGACGCCGCCGGGCGUGCCCAACGCGGCGAACGCGGCGUACGGGGCCGCGGCCCCGGGCACGCAGAAGAUGCUGGAGGCGCGGACCGCCGAGACGGAGGCGGUCGAGGGCGUGUGGAAGCCCCCGCGCGGGGGCGCCAAGAGGAUGGUGCUCGGGGCGCUGGUGCAGAAGGUGCUCGAGCGGGGCGGGGUGGUAGACGAGGUGUUGGAUGCCUUGGAGGGGGUUGAGUUGGGGUAAGGGAAAAAGGGAAAAAGAAGAAAGAAGGGUGUGUGUGUGCAGUGAGUUGAGGGGUUGUUUUGGUUGGGAGGUGAAAGAGAGGGAGGGGAUAUCCGAUGCUUUUCUUCUUUCCUCUUCUUUUCUUUUUACUGUACCCCCCUCCCCCUCCCCCCCC